AUGACGGACGUCAACGACGAUCUCGAUGCCUUGCCGAAGUGCUCGCGCCCCGACGGUAAAUACAUGUGUCAACGCCUCGGGUGCGACGCCCUGUACCUCCCUGGGCCGACGAACGUCGACGGCGAGUGCGUGCACCACGUCGCAAAACCUGUCUUUCACGACGGCGUGAAAUCGUGGCCAUGCUGCGGGAAAUCAUCGCACGAUUUCGGGGAGUUCAUGAGCAUUCGCGGGUGCGUCUCGGGACGGCACACGUGUCGGAAGAUUACGUACGAAAACGACGCGAAGGGUGACGGGAACGUGGGCACAGGUGGGUCUGGUGACGCUCUCAACGCAUCGCCAGCGCCGGCGCCGAUGCGAGCGCCCAUCGCGUCGACGUCGGACAAAGCGCUCGGGACGCGCGGCCCGGACGCGCAGUGUCAGAGGUGCGCGCAGGGGUUUUAUUGCGCCGAACACGCGUCAAACGACGCUUCGGAGAAAUCCGUGGAAGAAACAAAACCCGAACCGAUCAUAAACGUCGAUCCCGACGCGUGGCAAACGUGCAAGCGUCCGGGAUGUGGAUUGAAGUUCCGCGAACGGGACAACGCCGGCGACGCGUGCGUUUUUCACUCCGGCGCGCCGAUUUUCCACGAGACCAAGAAAGGGUGGUCGUGCUGCACCGCUGACAAGUUGGUGUACGAUUUUGACGAUUUUUUGAAGAUCGCACCGUGCGCUCGAGGGCGGCACGACGCCAACGCGGCGCCCUUACAGUUUCAGCGCUCGUCCGCGACAAAGAGGUAA